AUGUCCUACCAGAACUCUUACAUCCCUAGACUACCAGAAUUGGAUUUAGAAGAGGACUCCUACUUGUUACCUCAGCUGUGUUCCGUGCCCCCAGAGCUAGAAGUUCCUGAGCUGGUGAUCCCUAUACCCAACACCAAGACCUCCUAUACCCGGACCAUACCCUCAGUAAAACCCUGCUACAGGACCCAGCACUAUUCGAGAGGUGCUGAACACUCUGCCCCCUACAGAAUAUCUGAGAGAGACUCCUCCCAUCAGUCAGGUGCUCCCUGGAGACAGGUCCCUGAUCAGAACCCUUCCCAAGAAACACCUACCAAGAAACAGUGGAGACGAAAGAGAACUGUUUUCUCUCCUGACGAGAUGGCUAUUCUCAUUCAAUACUACGAUCAGCACAAAUUUCUCAAUCCUGCUCUUAAAGCGGAGAUCCUUUCCAAGAUAGACGUUCCUGGCAAUGUACUGGUGAUGUGGUUUCAAAACAGACGAGCUAAAGACAGAGCUAACGGGAUUGUCCUCUAA